AUGGGCCCAUACCCACGUUCUGGUAAUGGAAAAUCGUACAUACUGGUAGCAACCGACUGUUUUAGUAGGUGGACCGAGGCUUACCCCUUAGGAACAGCAACCUCUAAAACAAUAAUCGAAACGUUAGAACGCGAGUUCUUUUCGCGUUUCGGUUACCCCCGCGUGUGUCUCAGUGAAAACGGCCCACAGUUUGUGUCAAACGAAAUGAUGAACGCGCUAGAACGCUGGGGGGCACAGGGUUGGACGACCCCAGUCUACCACCCGAGGGCCAACCCAGUCGAACGCCGUAAUCAAGAUUUGAAAAAAGGGUUACGCGCACAACUAGUAACGGGCAAACAUAAAUCUUGGGACACGAAACUACCCUCAAUCCUAUUUUCGAUACGGAACAGGUGCAACGAACAGACAUGCUACCCACCCGUGGUCCUUGUCCUCGGCAGAGAGUGCAAGAGACCCGGACAUUGGGCGCUGUCUAAAGCGGCGCCGGUACACAUUGAAAAAACACAGGAAGAGAGGGUAGAGCGGGAGAAACGUAUUUUAGGCAAAAAGGUAGUGGUAAAACCAAGCACGAACACCGGCACACCGGUGAAGUUCGGCAAGGGCGACGUAGUCUACUACAAAGCACACCACUUAUCUAAGGCACACAAAGAUUUUCACGCCGGUUUCGCACCAAAAUGGUGGGGACCGGUAAGACUGGCGAAACAGGUCGGGAAAAGAGUCUUCCAAACCGACCAACAACCGCCGCGGAAAAUACAUGUGUCAUGCCUAAAACGGGCACCGAUAGGCCAACAUUAA